ACCAAAAUUUUCAGGAAGAAAAAUAUGGGUGGAAUUGUAUAUCAGUAUCACUCUGUGCUGCAUUUCCCCACAUUCUCAUCUUUCAGCAAGCAACCCAAGUAUGGAAAACCCAUUUUCUCUCUCAAAGACAUUGCAGAUGUGGCUUUACCGUUUGAGAGGAAGGGGCAGAAGCUAAUUGUGAGCUGCAAUGGGUCUGAUGAAGGAAACAGAAGAGGUCAGUCUUCCAGGAGAAGUACAGGUUCAGGAAGAACAGCAAAGAAUGAUGAAGCUAAGAAACCUCGAGGUGGGAGGAAGUCCAAGUCAUCUAACCAGGAAGAAAUCAUUUCUCUGUUCAGAAGGAUACAGUCUUCGAUAUCCAAGGAAGUCGAGUCUGUGGACACUAAGAAGAUAAAGUCUGAUGCAUCUGAAGAGAAGCCGCCCUCUGCUGAGUCAAUUCUUAGGGUUCUUCAGGGUGGAUCAACAAAGCAAAGAGAAGUUAAGCAGGACAGACGAAAGGUUGAUACACAAGAGCAGCGAAUACAGGCUAAUCCAUCAGUAACAGACUUCAAGUUAACGCGUCCACCAUCCAAAUUCGUGAAGAGGUCUCCAAUUCCAUCAUCAGCACACAUGUCAAGGCCACCAGGAGAGGUUCUUGAGACGAAAAAUGGAGCAUCGGUAACCACUGCUGUAACCGAGUUAGAGUUGGAAAGAGUAGAAGAAAUGAAACUCCCUGAGCUGAAAGAACUGGCAAAGUCUAGAGGGAUGAGAGGUUACUCCAAACUCAAAAAGAAGGAGCUCGUGGAACUGCUGAAAUCCUAAACAGUGGAGUACCUUUCGCCCUCUAAGACAUGGAUUGUGUUAUUACUUGAGACGCUGUGCAGUCCUAUGCUUAUGUACCAAACUCUAACAAGCAAUCACUUUUGGAUGCAACUGACUUCUAAUUGCAACUUUC